AGAAAAAAAUCACAGGCGAAGCAAGCGGCUAAUGAUGGCUUACCCAAAGGCUCUCUUAGUGCUGGAGAACUUCAUAGGUGGCAAAUUUGUUCCUUGUUCCUGCUACAUAGACUCCUAUAAUCCGUCCACCGGAGAUGUCUAUUGCAGGGUGCCAGACAGUGGCAAAGAAGAGGUGGAAGCUGCUGUCAGAGCUGCCAAAGAUGCCUUCCCAAUCUGGUCCUCAAAAAGUCCAUUGGAAAGAUCUCAGAUCUUGAACAAAUUGGCAGAUCUGAUUGAACAUGACCUGGAAGCAUUUGCACAAGCAGAGUCAAAGGAUCAGGGGAAGACUAUUACAUUUGCUAGAACCGUGGACAUCCCUCGGGCAGUGUACAACUUCCGAUUCUUUGCCUCUUCCAUCCUUCAUCACACAACAGAGUGCACCGAGAUGGCAACAAUGGGCUGUGUGCAUUACACCUCGAGGACACCUGUGGGAGUUGCUGGUUUAAUCAGUCCCUGGAAUUUGCCACUGUAUUUGUUGACCUGGAAAAUAGCUCCUGCCAUUGCAUGUGGAAAUACUGUGGUUGCCAAGCCAAGUGAGAUGACAUCUGUCACAGCUUGGAUGAUGUGCAAACUCUUGGAGAAAGCAGGAGUACCCCAUGGGGUGGUGAACGUGGUGUUUGGAACGGGCGCCAAGGCAGGAGAAGCCCUCGUCAGCCAUCCCGACGUGCCCCUGAUCUCCUUCACAGGAAGCACGCUGACGGCCCAGCGGAUCACAGAGAAAAGUGCUCCAUACUGCAAACGGCUUUCACUGGAACUGGGAGGCAAAAACCCCGCCAUCAUCUUUGAUGAUGCCGACUUGGCCCAGUGCAUCCCCACGACCCUGCGAUCCAGCUUUGCCAACCAGGGUGAGAUCUGUCUCUGCACCUCGAGGAUCUUCGUUCAGAGGGGCAUAUACAGUGAGUUCUUGAAGAGCUUUGUGACAGAGGCUAAGAAGUGGAAGGUUGGGAACCCAUCAGAUCCUACAGUCAAUGUGGGAGCAUUAAUAAGUAAAGAGCAUCUGGAAAAGGUAAGGAGCUAUGUGAAGAAAGCCCAAGGUGAAGGAGCCAAAGUCCUCUGUGGAGAGGGAGUGGAUUCCUUGGCUCUCCCAACUGGCAACCAGAAAGGCUAUUUCAUGUUGCCCACAGUUAUUGCUGAAGUCAAAGAUGAAUCCUGUUGCAUGCAAGAAGAGAUCUUUGGUCCUGUGACAUGUGUGGUAGCAUUUGAUACUGAAGAAGAAGUGAUUGAAAGAGCCAACAGUGUGAAAUACGGCUUGUCAGCCACUGUGUGGUCCAGCAACGUGGGACGCGUUCAUCGGGUGGCACAAAGACUGCAGGCUGGAUUGGUGUGGACCAACUGCUGGCUUGUUAGAGAUCUGAACUUGCCAUUUGGUGGGAUGAAAGCCUCAGGCAUUGGAAGGGAGGGAGCAAAGGAUUCCUACGAGUUCUUCACUGAGGUCAAAACCAUCACAAUAAAGCACUGAUACAUGUCAGCGGAAGUAUUUUAGGAUAACAUAAAUGACAGUAAUUUGU